CGUACAGCCGGGACUCUUUACUGCUCAAACUCACAUUAGAGAAGGGGGCGUGCAGGACAGGACGGGACUCUCACAAAUAUACGGUAACCGCAAACUGAGACCGCACAAGACUGUCAGUCCCGUCUUUUCAGAGCAAGUGUCGUGUGUGAGCGUUUGAAACCAGAAGGCGAACAUGUCGUGGCAGAGCUACGUGGAUAACCUGAUGUCGGAUGGCAGCUGCCAGGACUCCGCCAUUGUUGGGUGCAACUCGGACUCAAAAUACGUGUGGGCAGCGCAGGAGGGGGGGACGUUCAUAAACAUCACGCCAACAGAAAUCGACGUCCUAGUAGGGAAAGACCGAGAAAGUUUCUUCACCCACGGCCUGACCUUAGGUUUAAAGAAGUGCUCGGUUAUCCGGGACAGUCUCCACGUCGACAGUGACUGGACGAUGGACAUACGGACGAAGAGUCAAGGAGGAGAGCCAACAUACAACAUUACUGUCGGGAAAGCUGCCAAAGCAUUGGUUAUAGUCAUGGGCAAGGAAGGUACCCAUGGAGGGCUGCUCAACAAGAAAGCGUAUCAAAUGGCUGAAUACCUGAGGAAAUCUGGAUAUUAAGACACCCGCCCACCUAGCCGCUCAUUCCUACCAACACUAACCUUUCUAGGAGAGAUUUGCUUAAUCGUUUAUUUGUUUUCAACUCUAAUUUCUUUUUCUACCCAAACCCAUCCUUUCCCCAAUUACUUUAUAACCCCGUCCCAUAUAUGCCCAUUUAUUGUUCGUUCCCAUAUUGCUAAACAUGAUGCAUUUAAGACAAAAUGUAAGUCUCAUUUCUGCUUAUUCAUGAAACAAAAACGAACAU